AGUCACAGAUUUCACUCUCAUAGCUUUCUCUCUCCAACUGAUAAGAGACGUAGUCCCAUGUGGGUUCUUAGGAUCCACUCACUCAACUCUAACUCUUGUGUUCCUUCUUUUCUCUUCAAAAAACUUGUGAUUCUCAAACACCCUUUUUCUCCUUUUCAUUCUUCUUCUCGUUUUCUCCCUCCAAUGGCUGCACCUAGCUACUGCCUCUCUACAUAACGUCAAUUUAUCCUCCUUUUUCAUCUGGGUACCGUGAAUUGCGACUGCCACUGCUUUCUUCCUUCUGGGCCUCCCUCAGAAGUCAGAAUGAUGUCUGUCACAGGCAAAACCAUUGAUUUCGCUGGAAAAAACUUGGUCUCUUGUGGCUGUUCUUCCAAUGCUUCCUUUGAUAGGCACACAGUCAGGAACUACGCCAGGGUUAGUUCUAAAGGGUGUGGUAGAGUCUAUGGAGCAUGUAAAUUGUUCUGUUGUACGAAGAGGAGCACUCAGUGUCGAGUUUCUUCUAUGAAGACUGCGGAACCCACCGUGAAUGGGGGCACUCAAGCAAUUGAAGGCCUUAACAAAGGAUUGAACUUGAAGGGUUUUUCCGAAACCCCAAUUUCUGCAGCUAGGUUCUUUGAAGCGGUAGCUGAUGAUUUGGUAACUCUCAAUAAAAAUCUGCAGUCGAUUGUAGGAGCAGAAAAUCCAGUUUUAAUGUCUGCAGCUGAGCAGAUUUUUAGUGCUGGUGGGAAGAGGAUGAGACCAGCUCUGGUGUUCUUGGUGGCAAGGGCAACUGCAGAGCUGCUUGGCUUGAAGGAACUUACUGUAAAGCAUCGACGUUUAGCGGAGAUAAUUGAAAUGAUUCAUACUGCAAGUUUGAUACAUGAUGAUGUACUAGAUGAGAGUGACCUUCGAAGAGGGAAGAAAACUAUACAUCAAAUUUUUGGAACAAGAGUUGCAGUGCUGGCCGGAGACUUCAUGUUUGCACAGUCAUCAUGGUAUCUAGCCAACCUUGAAAAUAUUGAAGUCAUUAAACUAAUCAGCCAGGUGAUCAAAGAUUUUGCAAGUGGGGAAAUAAAGCAGGCCUCAAGUUUGUUUGAUUGUGAUGUUCAACUUGAAGAGUAUCUAAUUAAGAGCUAUUACAAGACAGCAUCCUUGAUUGCAGCCAGCACCAAGGGAGCUGCAAUCUUCAGCGGUGCUGACAGCGGCAUCACUGAGAAAAUGUAUGAAUAUGGAAGGAAUCUGGGUCUAUCCUUCCAAAUUGUGGAUGACAUUUUGGAUUUCACGCAAUCAGCAGAGCAACUGGGAAAGCCUUCUGGCAGUGACCUUGCCAAGGGCAACCUUACUGCACCAGUAAUAUUUGCACUGGAGAAAGAACCAAAAUUGAGGGAUAUCAUUGAGUCUGAAUUCAGUGAGGAUGGUUCCCUUGAUGAGGCCAUCAAUAUGGUUAAGAGUAGUGGGAGCAUUGAAAGGGCUCAAGAGUUGGCCAAAGAGAAAGCUGAUCUUGCAAUUCAAAGUCUCCAGUGCCUUCCUCAGAGUGUGUAUCGUUUAGCCCUUGAGGAUAUGGUGGCAUAUAACCUUCAGCGGAUUGCAUAAGCUUAUGCAUGCUGAUGUAUAA